AUGGAUGGCGCGGCUAACGGAAAGGACGACGCGAGAGAUGGCCUCAAAAGGCGCGCAGACUCCACUGAGGCGCCCAGCCGAAGAAAGCGCCGAUUGCCUGCCAGGUCUCUACCGUUGGAGUCCUACUUGGUCGGAUGGAUAGUGGCUCUCGACGAUGAGCUCACCGCUGCAUUAGCCAUGCUCGAUGAGCAGCACGCUGAGCCAGAGGACUUCGAGCAACCGCAGAAUGACACGAAUACGUAUCGUUGGGGGCACAUUGGAGCUGGGUUGAACUACCACAACAUUGUGAUUGCAUCUUUGCCGGGGGUCUACGGCAUUGCGAGCGCAGCGACGACCGCCAAGGAAAUGAGCAUAUCUCAUCCUCACAUCCGCUUUGGUCUUUUGGUGGGCAUUGGUGCCGGCGUUCCACGACCAGAUCACGAUGUUCGACUUGGUGACAUUGUGGUCAGCCGUCCAUUGGGUACUAGCGGUGGAGUGAUUCAAUACGACUUGGUAAAAGCCAAGACGACAGGUUCAGAACUCACCGGACACCUUGCUGCCCCGCCAGCUGCUCUUCAGAAGGCGGCCAUGAGUCUUGCUUCCCAUCACGCCCUUGAAGACUCGGAAAUACCUGAAAUCAUCGAGGAAGUCUUCGAAAAGCGUCCGAAGCUUGCCAAGUCUGGCCAGUGGGCGUAUCCAAAGAGUGAGCGAGACAGGCUGUCCGCAGAGACUUACCUGCGAAGUGGGUCGGAGAUAUCACUGGCAGAGGAUCGCACAGACGCUGAAGGUGAUGUUGUUCGGGAAGGGCGAAAAACAUUGUGCCCUGAGAUCCACCUUGGCAUCAUUGGCUCAGGGGACACGCUGGUGAAGGACAUUGCACAGCGAGAAUCCAUCCUCCAAAGACUCCCAGCGGAAUGCUUGUGCCUGGAGAUGGAGGCUGCUGGCUUAAUGAAUGCUUUUCCAUGCCUGGUGAUCCGUGGCAUAUGCGACUAUGGCGACUCAAGAAAAAACGACAAAUGGCAAAAGUAUGCUGCACUUGCCGCCGCUGCAUAUGCGAAAGACCUGCUCGACAGCAUGAAGGUGCGAGAAGUGUCGAGAACUCCCAAGGCCGUGGCAGCUUUGAAAGCCCAAAGUCAGUAG